GUUUUGUUUUGUUUGCAUCAUUCGUGUUGUGUUCUUUCUUUCUUCGAGCCUAAUAGCCUUCAAUGAAUGCGUAUCUUUCGAUUCAUGAAAUUAUACGCAGUCAGCAGUCGUUUAAAAACAAUCAACCUUCCUGUGCACGAGUAGUAAAAGUUAUCGGUGUUCUGUAGGACAGUUUUUUGGUUCGCCUUUCUGUUAUCAAUCAUCAUAUCACUGACGACGGAGAGAUUGUGCAAUUGUUUUUUUUUCACUUACUUCGAUCGCAGUCGUUUGUGGGUUCCGAUGCAGCCGUUUUUCGUGAGUCAAUGUGAUUAGUAAUUACAAAAAAAGGUGCUUUCCAGGUUGAUAUCUUAUCGAAUACCGAAACCGGUGAUUGGUUGGCGCAUAACAUCGGAAUCGUUCACUCCUUUUUUCGCGCUUGAGUCGUACUUCUUACCUCCACUGUUGCAGUAAAUCUCAGUAUUUUUACUCUGUCCGAUCACCAAAAUGUUCAGUUCAAUUAGGAAAUCGAUUUCUUCGGUUUACCUGCUGUACGAGUUGAAUACCUGCAUCUACAUGCUGGACCCGUGGGAGAAAAAAUUUAUCAACGGUGUCAUCUUCAGCAUUCUCGCCCUGCUGGCAUUCUCCAGUUACGUGUAUCUGCCGAGUUACACCCGGCGACUGAUUAGUGCCUUCAUGCCGGCGGAACAGUUAACUCUGGACAGGAUGGAUCAUAAUCAUCAUCACCAUCACCAGCAGACAAUGGACUUUAGCAUCAACUGAUCUCGGAUCUCGGCUAGUGAAUCCCGGAAUUGGACUGCAGCCCGUCGAAAGCUGACUGGGGAAUUUCGGGUUAGAGAUGUAAGUUUGAUUCACGAAAGACAUCACAUUUAACUGGGGAGGGGGGAAAAUAGCAUUCUUUUUAAGACGUAUACUUUACAAUUAACGUUUAAAACCUUCGCUUGUAACUGCAGUAGUUUUCAAACAAGUUAUGGAAUUGAGGGCUGUUUUUAGUGCUUAGAUAUUUCAGGUACUUUGGAAUUACAUCUUCGCACUUUAUUCUAUUAACGAAGUGUUACUAGUUGAACAAAGAAUCGGCGUUUUUUAAAAACGCAAUAACACACAACAAUUUUUUUUAUCUUUCAAGUUUAUGCAUAUUUUCUGAAUCCUUGAAAUACACACACACUAUUUUUACAAUAAA